AUGGAUACACGGAAGAAAUACCUUCAUGGAACUCCCCGGCCUCUUCUCUUUGAGGAAUGUUUGGAAAGAACACUAACUAACAACGAUGAAAAUUCUUCCUGCACUUCAGAGGCCACUCACACUUCCAGCCACUUCUCACUGUUCACUGUUGACAUGCAGCUGCCCCGUACAGCAUGUGGCUGGCUUAACGAGGACUCCAUUCAGUUCUUUGGCGAGCCGGCGGCUUGGGAGAGUAUAAAAGCCAGCGCCGCCCGCCCAGCCUCACACAACUCUUCCCUCCAAGAAGAGGCAGCCAGAGCCACUCCAGCUCCGACCCCAGGAGACCGACCUCCUCCAGACUGCAGCCGCCCCAGCCGACAGUCCCAGACGCCACCGCCUGGAGCUUCCAGACACCAACCUCCGCCCAGAGUCCGUGUCCAGGCUCCGGCCGCGCCCCUCGUCGCCUCUGCGCCCCGCUGCUGUGCGUCCUCCCGCCGCGUCCCGACCAUGAUCGCGAGUCCUGUCAGCCUCGCUUUGGUGCUCCUCCUCGCCCUCUGCAGUCGGCCCACUACCGGCCAGGACUGCGGCGCGCAGUGCCAGUGUACCGAGCCGGCGCCGCGCUGCCCGGCUGGUGUGAGCCUGGUGCUGGACGGAUGCGGUUGCUGCCGCGUCUGCGCCAAGCAGCUGGGAGAGCUGUGCACGGAGCGUGACCCCUGCGACCCACACAAGGGCCUCUACUGCGACUUCGGCUCUCCGGCCAACCGCAAGAUUGGCGUGUGCACCGCCAAAGAUGGUGCACCCUGUGUUUUUGGAGGGUCUGUGUACCGCAGCGGUGAGUCGUUCCAAAGCAGCUGCAAAUAUCAAUGCACUUGUCUGGACGGGGCUGUGGGAUGCGUGCCCCUGUGCAGCAUGGACGUCCGCCUGCCAAGCCCUGACUGCCCCUUCCCAAGAAGAGUUAAGCUGCCCGGGAAAUGCUGUGAGGAAUGGGUGUGUGAUGAGCCCAAGGAUCGCACCGUGGUUGGCCCUGCCCUAGCUGCCUACCGACUGGAAGACACAUUUGGCCCAGACCCAACUAUGAUGAGAGCCAACUGCCUGGUCCAGACCACAGAAUGGAGUGCCUGUUCCAAGACCUGUGGGAUGGGCAUCUCCACCCGGGUUACCAAUGACAAUGCCUUCUGCAGACUGGAGAAGCAGAGUCGCCUCUGCAUGGUCAGGCCUUGUGAAGCUGAUCUGGAAGAGAACAUUAAGAAGGGCAAAAAGUGCAUCCGUACCCCUAAAAUCUCCAAGCCUGUCAAGUUCGAACUUUCCGGCUGCAGCAGUGUGAAGACCUACCGGGCUAAGUUCUGUGGCGUGUGCACGGACGGCCGAUGCUGCACACCACACAGAACUACCACCCUGCCCGUGGAAUUCAAAUGUCCCGACGGCGAGAUCAUGAAAAAGAACAUGAUGUUCAUCAAGACGUGUGCCUGCCAUUACAACUGUCCUGGGGACAAUGACAUCUUUGAGUCCCUGUACUACAGGAAGAUGUAUGGAGACAUGGCAUAAAGCCAGGGAGUAAGGGACAUGGACUUGUUAGACUAUAACUUGAACUGAGUUACAUCUCAUCUUUCUGUAAAAAAACAUUACAGUAGCACAUUAAUUUAAAUCUGUGUUUCUAACUGCUGGGGGAGAAAACUUCCCACCAAUAGUGAGAACGUUAUGCCAUUGUCAUACUAAUAGUCUGCCAAUCUCAGACACUGGUUUGAAGACAGUUUAGACUUGACAGUUGGACUUCAUUAGCACACAGCGCCAGAAUGUAUGUAUACUGAGGUGUGUCUCCAGGAACAAUGGAGACACCAGGAGAAAGGCUGGUGCUAUCCGAGGUCAUCUUAAAAGCAGCAAUGUGCCUGCUGUUUGGGGAGGAAAAUUAUAGCAUGCUUGCAGACGGACCUGCUCUAGCAACAGCUGGGCAGUGUAUCCUCCUCCUAGAGGAGGCUGAGUCCAGCUGUUCUUUAACUGAUAACAGCAGAUUCAACUCUGACAUUCUGAUUCGAAUGACGGUGGUCAGGAGUCGGAAUCUUGUCUAUUAGACUGGACAGCUUGUGGCAAGUGAAUUUGCCUGUAACAAGCCAGAUUUUUUUAUUGAUAUUGUAAAUAUUGUGGAUAUAUAUAUAUAUAUUUGUACAGUUAUCUAAGUUAAUUUAAAAUUGUCUGUGCCUAUUUUUGUUUUAAAUGCUUUUGGUAUUUUAAACUGAUAGCCUCAAAUUCUGAACACCAUAGUUAAGACAUAAAGAUUGUCUGUGAUUCAAAACCAAGGAGAUAUUGAAGUGGAAAUGGCAGCCUGAGUGAUGGAGGUUUGCUGACGGUGAAGCAACACCUUGCAGGUCAGAUUUCUGGUGGGAAAUAUGGUAACCUCACUGUCCGUGAACAAAUGGCCGUUAUUAAGAAAUGGCUGGCUCGAGGGAGCUGGUCAGAUUCCCAUGUGGAAGUGUUUGCUUCAGCUUUGACUAUGACUGUUUUUUGGGCAGUUUAUUUGUUGAGAGUGUGACCAAAAGUUACAUGUUUGCACCUUUCUAGUUGAAAAUAAAGUAUAUAUUUUUUUA